AUGAGGUUCAGCCCUUUCAACGAUGAUUAUGCCUCGCAAAUUCAACAGAGCUAUUCAUGGGAACGAACGCCAUCCUAUGCCCCUACCCCUGGUAAUUUCGGCCGUGAUCGUACGCCUUCCGUAUUUAGCUUUUCUUCCAACCGUGAGCCUGAUGAACGUUCCUCCCCUUUGCGUCAAAAUAUACCCAACCAAUUAGAUUUCCUCCAAGUGGAUAAUCGGGGAAAUGGAACAACAAAUGAUAAACAGCCACCAACCAGCAUUCGUUAUCUAAUUGAGUGGAAGGUAACGCUGAACAACCGGGUUGUGAAAAAAGACACAGAACAAGAUUUGGUUCUACGACCCAGUUCGUACUGGGAGCAAAUAAAGCAAAAUGCUGAAAGUACCGUACGUCGGAAAAUUAAGCGCAACCAGCGGGUCAGAUUAGAUGAUACUGAAGUCAUUGUAUCUGUAAAUGACCGUUCACAAGAUGAUCUUUUCAAAACCUUUGAUAAUACUAACAUUGAUUGGACAAGCAUAGAAAGGCAGCUCUUGAUGUGGGGAAAUCUGUUACAUGCGGGCAAAAGGCUACGACUUCGUAUUACAAUUAACUAUAUAGAGGACAGCGACCUACCUCUAUCAAGAAAUACUGACAAGCGUGGGACAACAUCAGUGACCAAGAAGAUGCUUACCGAACGAGAUGUUCAGAUUGAUGCCGAAUAUGCCUCGGGACAACCCUCAGUUUGGCGAGAUGUGUAUAGAAUAAUGCGUUGUUCUGGUCCACCAUGUCGACACGAAGGACAAUAUUGUUGGCAGAACCCUGUUGGGAAAAAGCAUUAUAAACUUAAAACGCACCAUCUCAAGAGCCUGGUCAAGUUUGUUGAGAGAGGUGGCACUAUAGAGACCCACGAUGAUGUUCCCGAAGAAGUUCGUCAACAACUGUACGACGAGGAGGAAGAGCGACACGAGAAACAAAAGAAAGGUCCCAAUCACUCCUUGCCAGGGUCAAUGUGUCCGAUCAAUAUUAAUGUCCUCCCGACACAGUCGUCUCUUCCCCCCGCGAUGGGCACUGAUACAGGGAGUACUACUCAUGCUGAUCCUAUUCAUAUUUCCGGACCACUUGAUAUCGCCGUCGAGGAAUACACUGCUUGGCAGAUAUCCCGCGUGAGCCGUGAGACCUUUAAGGAACAGAUUGUCAACGCAGGCAAUGUGGCAUUAGAGAACUGCCUCGAUCUCAAACAGAUUGACAAAGAUCAAGACUCGGAAUUUUUUGUCAAACGAGGUGUGAAAGUUGGUGCUGCUCGCCGGUUUGUUAGUGAGAUCAGGCACUGGCUAGAUUAUGAAAAGAGCAAAGAUUGA